AUGCUGGGUUCACGCAGAGUCAGUACUCUCAAAAGUCUUCAAAUCUACCGUAAUAUCUUAACACUAUGGAUUGUUAUCUGUGAGGCGAAAGGUGAAGUUUACCCAUCUAGAUGGAAGAAUUCCGAGGCUGAUAUCGACUAUAGACCUGUGAACAGAAUGAUGACAAAUGCACCACUUGACAACACUGGUCAUAACAAUAAGAAUAACAAUAAUAACGACAUUCAAAGGAUAGAAACAAGAUCAGCGGGACUCAAACCUCCUAUAAGGCCAAAAGAGUUUAAAACAGUGAAAGAACUAAACAGUUAUUUAAAGAAAUUGCGUGAUUAUUACUUCAUUGUUGGUCGUCCGAGUAUUUGUCAGAAAGACCGACAUGUUUUCUUUUUCGUUUUGACAAAUAAUUCGUUAGAAAUGGUUGUGGUUUUGCAACAUCGAAUGGGUUUGAUGCAAGAAGGGAUUACUCUCUUGGCUUAUCAGCUAAACAGUUUGUCUAGAUUAAAUUCGUAA